AUGCAUUCGCAAGCUGCGUUUAUUGUAAAGUUUAAUGGGCUAAAUUUUGCUGAGUGGCAUGAACAAAUUCAGUUUCACCUCGGUGUUCUGGAUCUUGAUCUAGCACUCUUGAUUGACAAGCCCGCUGCUAUUGAUGAUACUAGUAGUGCUGAUGAUGUAGCUUUCCAUCAAGCAUGGGAAAGGUCAAAUAGACUUAGCAUAAUGCUUAUGCGAAUGACACUUGGAAGCAACAUCAAGUCAACCAUUCCCAAAUUUGACAGUGCUAAGGAUUUGUUGAAACAUGUGGAGAAAAAAUCACUUUCUGAAUGUGCUGAUAAGGCCCUAGUAGGCACACUUAUGGGUAAACUGACCACCAUGAAAUUUGAUGGUUCGCGUUCCAUGCAUAAACAUGUUACUGAGAUGUUAACCUUAGCAGCAAAAUUAAGGUCUAUGGAAAUGGAAGUGAGUGAUACUUUCCUUGUUCAAUUUAUUUUAAACUCUUUGCCUCACGAGUAUGAGACAUUCCAAGUGAAUUAUAAUUCCAUUAAAGAUAAGUGGAAUGUGCUCGAAUUGCAUAAAAUGCUAACUCAAGAGGAAACAAGGCUUAAGGGACAAGGGAUUCACUCAAUUAAUCUCAUGAGUCAGUCAAGAGCUGGUAAAAAGUUUGGAAAGAAGAAUCAGAAGGGUAAGAAAGGACCAAUGAAGACUAAUGAGUCCUCUUCUCAAAUCCACAAAAAGGAACAUAAGAAUGACAAGUGUCAUUUCUGCAAGAAAUUUGGACAUUUUUCAGAAAGAUUGCCUUAA